AUGAGUACAAAGGAAACAAAAGCCCUGAUCAAGGAUAUACGCGAAACCAUAAAGUUGGCCAAGCACAGUGAUGCCAUACACAAGUGCCAACGAUUACUCAAAAGUGAGCCAAAGAAUUAUAUGGGUUACUUGUUGCUCGGCGCCGCCUACCAAAAUGUUGACAAGACCGAGGCGGCAAAGUACCUGCGAAAGUCCAUUGAGUUUACUGAGGGACCGGCAACUGUUGCCCUCCAAGGACUAGCAAAUUGUGCGCCAACGGAGGAGCUGCCCGAUAUUUAUGAUCAGCUUUUGGAUUUAAUACCGGAAAAAUGCUUGGACUACUACGAAAAGCUCUAUGCACUGGCAGCAAAUGCUGCGCUGUCGUCGGCCUGUUUAAACAUAUUCAAGAGAAGAGCGCAAAAUGCCGAUGACAGCAAUCACAAUAAAAUACAAGAAUAUUUGGGCAGAAUAUGGCUUUCCCAGGAUAUCGAGCUAACGCCAGCAGACAGCAAUCUUCACAAGUCGAGCAUGGAUCAGUUGUUGACAACGGGGGAUGCAGAUGUGAAGAGCCUGGUUUAUAAGCGGUAUCUUAAGUGGCUCUACAAGCAACAGGACUUUGAAUCCUGCAUAAGGAACGCCUGCAAUAUGACAGUGUCGCAUCCGAGUGAUGUUUACGGCUACGAAUGGAUAUGCAAGACCUACUGUGAGAACUAUGACCAGGCGGAUAAUGAGACGUGGCUGCGCGAACUGCAUGCAUCCAUUCAAAAGUACGCCGAUCAGCUGCUAGUGCUGAAUCCCAAAUCAAAUUUGGCACUGCUCGUUAAGGCACUGGAUUUGUAUGACCAGGCGCAGUAUAUUACGGCACGCCAGUUAGCGCAGCAAGCGCUGGAAUACCAGCCAACAUAUAGGAUUACUCGCAAAUUACUGGCACGCAUCCACAUGAGAUUGGGUGCGCACAGAAUGGCGCUGCUGCUGUUGCAAGACCUGGACGAGCAGUGUGCAGAGUAUGCGCUGUGUUUGUCCUACGAAAAGAAUGUUGCCAAGCUCCAGGAAGCGGUCACACUACUCAAUGCGGACGACACAAAUGUAAAGGCUCUGGCACGGUGCUAUUUUAAGCUGGGAGAGACACAGAAGUUGCAGUCUCUGCUACUGGAUGAGGUUACACGUGCCGAAUAUUUACUAUCUCCCACCGAAGGUCUGCAAGCAAUGGCAGGUAAUGAAUCGUUUGAGGCGCUGCUUUUGUGUGGCAAACUGCACAUGAUGCUGCAGCAUCAUGCUGAGGCACUCAACUGCAUGCUUAGGGCAACGCGACUGCAGCCGCACAUCUCCGAAUGCUUUGAGCAUCUGGGCCGUUUGUAUCAGGCGAGCGGCGACAUUUCCCGUGCCCGCAAAUGCUUUGAGAAGUGCCUCAGUCUCAAUGCGCUAAACGAACAGGCCGUGGACGCACUGAGCUCCAUCUAUCAGCAGCUGGGCGAGGAGGAUCUCAAUGAGGCCCUGUUGCUAAACACUGUGCGUCACUUGAACAGCGAGGAUGCCAUUCGCCUCCAGUACAAAUUGGGAUUGCAUUUUCUGCAAGUCAAUAAAUUGGAUAACGCAAUUCAAUGCUUUCGUCUUGCCAUCAACCAUGAUUGCAAAUGCAUGAUCUACUGGGAAUCCCUGGGCGAUGCUUAUGCGGCACGUGGUUCCUACAAUUCAGCCAUACGCGUCUUUCAAAAAAUACUCGAACUGUCGCCCUUGAAUUGCUAUGCACAACUACAAAUAGCACUCAUGAAGACGACCAUUCGCAUGUAUCCCGAAGCAAUCAGUGAUUUUAAUGAGCUGCUCAAACAGCAUCCAAAUUACCUGCCUGCCUUGAGAGGCGCCGCGGAGGCACACAUUGGCCUGGCUAUCAACAUGAAGGCGCAGAAUCUUUACGGACGUGCCAAGGAUAAUUUUCAGCUGGCAAUUGAACAACUCCAAAGCGCCUUCCUGCAUACCAAGGCUCAGGGCAUGAUUUGGCUGUGGCGUCUAACGGCCAGCGUCAUGGUGCAGACGGCACAGCUGCCCCAAUCCUUGGCGAAUUUGGAUGUUGCUGGCAGCUUGGCCAAGCGUGAGGAGGAGAUUGCAUACCUAUCACGCAAGGAUCUGUUGCAGCUGGCGCAAAAGUUUUAUCUGUGCGCCUUAAAGCUAAAGCAGGACACGUUUUUGUGGUACGAAUUGGCGGUGUGCAGUUACUACAGCGCCAUCUACAUGCCGGAGGAUGCCAAGUGUCAUCUGGAGACCGCUGCCAAGGUAUGCAAAAUGGCCAUCAAGGAGCACAGUAAUCGCUGGCAAAACUGGAAUCUGUUGGGCGUUAUCAAUAUGUACUCCGCCAGCGAGAAUCUGCCCAUGGCGCAGCAUUGUUUAAUUCAGGCACUGAUGCUGGACCGCAAAUCCUACACAGCAUGGACGAACCUGGGUGUGCUGUACAUAAAGCUGGGCAACAUCCUGUUGGCCAACGAGGCCUUUAAGCGUGCCCAACAAUCCCAUCCCAUAUAUCCAAAUGCGUGGAUUGGUCAGGCCUUGAUUGCUGAGACAAUUGGCGAUCAUGAGGAGGCCUUCGAUUUGUUCCGGCAUUGCCAGCAGUUCGAAUAUCAUCCGGAGGCAGCGCUCGGCUAUGCGCACUGGGUCUGCCAUGUACUCUCGGAUGCGACCCUUCGGGCCAAGCCCCACAACAAGCACGCCUUCGAGCACAUGUAUGCGGACAUCUAUGCCUUGGAUGCCAUCAAUUGGUAUGUGCAAAACGAGGAGGCGGAGGCCAGCGUGUCGUCGCUCACCUUCCAGGGAUUCUUGUGCGCACGCCAGAAACUCUAUCAGCAGGCAAUCAAUGCAUUUACACGCGCCUGCAAACAGUGCGAGCCAGGUGCUGAUCGGGAUCAGCUUUAUACGAACCUUGGCUAUCUGUACUUGAAACUGGGCCAGCCUGAGCAGGCGGUCAGUGCCCUUAACACUGUCACCCAUGCCACAUUUAAGCCCAUAAUUGGCUUAGCCUUGGCCUAUUAUCGAACUGGUCACCUGCAGGAAUCGUAUUCGAUUUAUGAAUCUGUACUCAACACAGUUGUCGAACAGGACGAUGAAAAGAUAGCAACCAUUUUGGUUGCCAUGGCCUCGAUGCUCUAUGCCUACCAAGGCGAAACGGAUACCAAAACAUUACUGAGUCAAUGUGUACAACAAAAGAGCGUACCAAUUCAGGCAUUGUUCUCAGCUUGUGCCUUGGGUGUGCUUCAUGGGGACAAGAAUUUGGUGCAGACGAUUAUGUCUGAGCUCAAUUCUUAUCACUUCAACGAGACGCACUGCGCCGAUGUUGCCUACAUUGUGGCUCACCACUAUUUAAUUAGUGAGGGUCUUCGCCAGGCCAUUGAUUACUUACAGAAGCGAGUACGCAUGUUUCCCCACAAUCCAUCGCUCCGCAAGGUCUUUGUCAAGUUUCUGUUGGACUAUUUCCAAAAUGAUCCAAACUAUCAGCGUGUCAUAUCUGACAUGGCUUUGAUUGCGCUCAAGUUGGGACACAUCCACCUGGGCACAAGCAUCGGGGCCAGCGAGCAAGCGGAAUCGACAAUUUUUGCCUGUCGUGCACUAAAACCGGUGGACAAAGCCCAGUCUUUAAAGCUAAUUCAGAGCGCAAUUCGCAUGGAUCCAGCCAAUCAAGAAGCGAGGCAGUUGCUCUCAAGCAUUGCUGCAUGCUAGCGUGUACAUAAUUAUAGAUUAUUAAGUAAAAAGGAAUAUAUAUAUUUUUAUGUGUCUAUUAAAGUAAGAAGAAUAAUAAAAAGGAAAAUCCUUCGAGCCGGAGUCGAACCAGCGACCUGUGGAUAUCUACGAUAAAACAAGAAAAUUUCUCACUACAGUCCAUCGCUCUACCAACUGAGCUAUCGAAGGCACAUAUCGCGGCUGGGCCAAAUAUCGCUUAAUAAAUGCCAAGAGAACGCCAAGCAAUUGUUGACACACCAGUGUUGCAAAACGUCAAAUGUCAAUUGUGUGCGUGUGUGUUGAAAACGUGGAGUUGGUGUGGUGACACUGGCUGCCAUUCUUUCUGGUCGGGGUUGAAGUAAAACGUCAGUGAAAUAAAAUCACAAAGAUGUGUAGUGAAAAUAUCAAUAAAAGCAACAUGCGUUCGUGUAAAAGUGUGAA